CAAUCCAAGUAGAUUGUUUCCUUUUGGUCUUCAGAAGAUGAUUGUGUUGUUGUUAAACUGGAAAUGAGUUGCAUCAAACCAUAUCAAGCUACAUUGCAUUGCAACAUCAGUUUGUUUAAAUUCAGUUGAAUACAGCUUAGUUGAACAAUAGAUUGAUUAGUCGUAGUUGAUGUGAACCACCGACAGAUUGUACUGAUCUAAAUUACCGGUAUUAAUUUCUGUAUGAAUACAGGAAUGUUAAUGUUUUUUCCAAUUCAAACUUAAUUGAUGGAACGACUUAUUUGGAGCUAUAGCAACUGUUAUGAUCCUUAAACUAAGUCAGGGACAAACAACCAGGUAGGAUAUAGAAUUUUUGACACUAGCGCAUUCUCUGACUGUCUCACACAACUAAGUUCUUUUUAGUAAAAAUGUUUCGACAGCUGGUCCAUAUAGAUGGAAUGUCUAGUUCUACUUCAGAAUCCAAGUUUGGAAUAAUUCAUGCCAAAUAUUCAACUGAAUUUUUAUUAAAUUUUGUCACAAAGAUUUGUUAAAAAUGUUUGUAUUAAAAAAGGUUAGCAAGACAAUUUUACAAACAGGACUUUAUUUGCUUGCAUUUGCAGCUGCCUCCUGUUUCAUUUUAAUGCAAAUUUUCAUUUGAAGUUGUGCAUUUUUGUGGAGGCUUUUAACCUAAAAUUAGGUACCCAUGCACAAUUUAGGCUUUUUAUUAGAUGUAAAUGUUUAAUUGCAGACAAAACUUAUAAUGGAUUACCGUUUUAUUUUUUUUAAGACUAUGUUGAUUUUAGACGGUUAUUAGAUCUACAACUAAGAGCGAUUUACCUAUUUCAUUCAGGUUAAAACUAUUAUUUUAGCCUAUGAAUUGCUUUGUAUAUCAUUGCUACUGUAAGGGCUUACCUUUGUAAUCCUAUUGUUGAUCCGAUAUUAAUUUUUUACCCAAAGAUUCAUCUUCCGUCUUGAGUCUAGGUGACCAAACUUCUAUAGUAUAAUCCACUCGAUGGGUUUCGUAGUAAAUUUAAUAACAAAAAACACAGUUGACACGAAAAUGGCACAAAAACUUGCGAUAAAAACCAUGGUUUUUUAAAUGUGGGGUAACCUCACUUUAGUUUGGGAACACGUUGCCGUCAAAAAUAACGAAAAAAAUAACAAGCAAUAGGAAUUUCUGACAAAAGGCGGUUUUGCGUUAAGUUUGUAUGUAUGGUCUUUAUAAUUGUGUAACCUAUUACAACCUAAAAUGAGUGUAACCUAUUGGAAAAAUUAAGGUUCAAAACUUUAAGUAACUUUAUGUUAUUUUCCAUAAAAACCCAUAAGCAACCGAAGAUCAGAAAAAAAAACACAGUUUUGGUUAUAAUUAGUAUUUUAUGGUCCUUAUAAUUCCAAACAAAAUAGUUCAACCCUCCAUUGCUGUAAAAAUUACGGGUCAAAAGUUAUUCCGACUUUUGUGAUUUUCCCUAUAAAAUAUCAUAGUUAUACUCCCACGCUUACCCAUAAUGCUAAUGGGAGGAAGUCUAUGUCAGGUUGCUUAUACUGUUUGACAUACCUUGAGAAUUUAAUCAAGCUUUUUGAAAUGUCUUGACAUCUUUGAGAAUGAAAAAUAUUAUUAUGUGCGGUAAUAAAAUAUACGUAUUUAGGCUACUUGUCUUAUCUUUAGAGAUAACUUACAAAUGUUUUGCACUUGAAAUAUAGAUUGUAUGAAGUAGUUUGAUUGUAGUUUUGAUGUUGGACCUAACAAUAUUUUGAGACGUACCUAAUGGAAAUGUUACACCUUUAAAUUUUUUUUUUAAAUUUAACCCCUUUACUACCACGUUAUAGCAAAAGGCCCACUUGACAGUGUUACAUGAAGUGCUAUUAAUGUAGUUCCUGUGUCGGUCUAGUUUGGAUAUUUUACUGAUCUACCAUGAACAUCGUGUUACUGCUGCUCCUGAUGUCUUACGGAGGUCCUGCCAUGUCAGCCAGGAUCCUUGCUGUCCUGCCAAUCCCUGCCAAGAGUCAUCACAUCCUGUUUAACGCUGUGUUGAGGACACUGGCCCAGGCAGGACAUCAGGUCGUCAGCUACAGUGGUCUACCAGCCGACCAGGAGGUGGCAAACUUAACUGUCAUUCACAUGGACAACAUCCAACCAGUAGAUAAAUCAAUGACCAAAGAAAUGCUGGAGAUGUAGUUAAACAUGAGUCCAGUUGGAUCUACCUCAACUUUUGCCAUCAAAUGGAAUUUGUUUACAAAAAAUAUGAAAAAUAACAAGGAUUUUCAGCAGCUUCUUAAAUCCAAUGAAAAGUUUGAUUUGAUAUUUUUGGAGGCGUUUUAUGCUCAAGAAUCACUUUUUGCCCUUGGUCACAAGUUCAAAGCUCCCAUAAUCAAUCUUCAACCAUUCGGAGCUUUCAGUCUUGUAAACAGAGCUAGUGGGAAUUCUCUCAACCUUGCUUACAUUCCUGAUUUCGCUUUUCCAUUCUCAAAUCACAUGACCUUCUAUGAGAGGACACUCAAUGCUUACUCAAUUUUGAGUACGCUUUUCAAAUAUUACUUCUAUAUGUUUCCCUCGCAAGAUCAGUAUAUGAGGGAGUUGUUUAACGACUCUUCGCUACCUCCCUUGUCAGAAUUGAUGCAGACCUGGUUGGCCUUGACUUUUUCAAACGAGCAUCCUCAUGUUCACUAUGCGCAGCCGUACACCCCCAACAUCAUUCCGAUCGGUGGAAUACAUCUGGCCAAGGAGCAGAACCCACUUCCUGAGGAAAUGAAAAGGUUCCUGGAUAAGGCAUCUGAAGGAGUUGUAUACUUCAGCGUUGGGUCAAUAGUCCCGGACCAUCUGCUUGAUGAAGAAUACUUCAACAACUUUCUUGCAGCAUUCAGUUGUUUGCCACAAAAAGUAUUGUGGAAAACAAAACGCAACCUUCAAAAUCUGCCAAAAAAUAUAAUGACAUCGGAGUGGGUGCCCCAACAAGAUGUUCUGGCUCAUCCUAACGUGAAAGUGUUCAUGACUCACGGAGGGAUGUUUAGUCAACAUGAGGUGAUCAGAGCUGGAGUCCCAGUAAUCUGCACUCCUUACUUCGGCGAUCAACCCAUGAAUGCCAAGUUCUACGAGGAGAAAGGAAUUGGAGUCAUUCUGCCUUUCAAAUCCUUAUCAGAAGAAACAAUCUUGUCAGCACUAAAAAAAGUGCUUAAUGAUAAAAAGUACAAGGACAACAUGUUGAAGAUGUCUAUGAUCUACCAGGACCGCCCUGUCAGUCCCACAGACACACUCCUAUACUGGGUAGACUAUGUCAUGUGCCAUGCUGGGGCUAAGCAUCUUACACCAGCUGCAGCUGCAAUGCCCUUCUAUCAAGUUUAUCUACUGGAUGUAAUUGGACUUGUUUCUAUAGUACUUGUCACAACCUUAACAUGCAUUUAUGUUAUCAUCAAACGGAUUUUAGGAGUGUUUACCAAUAAUGGACAGUUGAGUAGUCAAAGCAGAUUGAAAGGUGAAAGAAGUAAGAAACUGAACUAAAAGUCACACUUUUACAGUCCAAGUAGACCGUUGCCUUUUGGUCUUCGGAAGAUGAUUGUUGUUGAACUGGAGAUGAGUUGCAUCAAAUCCAUAUUCAGGUCAAGCUACAUUGCAACUUCAGUUUGUUUAAAUUUAGUUGAAUACAACUUAGUUGAACAGUAGAUUGUCUUUAUAACGGAUUGCUGCAACUUAUUCAAACUUAUUACUGUCAGUUCAACAUAAUGUUCUUUUCCCAAAUGUAAAUAUUCAACCAAAUGUUCAUUACAUUUUCGUAAUGAGGAUUAGAUAAAAAUGUGUAUAUUAAAAAGUUAGCAAUACAAGAGUCAACAAAGUGGACUCUAUUUGCUUGCAUUUGCAGUUGUUUUCAAUUUUUUUAAAGUCCCCCAGGGGACGAAAUAUAGUGUGUUUAUUGUCUCUUCUAUAUUUUCUAUGGCAUACCUGUACUUCUUCGAGGUAAGCUAACUGAUGUCCUCUUUAUUCUACAAUUCAAAAUCCUGGCCUAGAGCCUUUCCUUGAACUAACCUGACCAAUAAGUUAUUUUCUGGUACCAUUGAAAAAAAUGUUUCAAAGUUUAGAAUUUCCCAAAAUCAUGGCUCAAGAUUAAAUCUAGACUAUUUAGAGGUCCGCUUUAAUUCAUUAUACCGUUUUUAUAAAUAACUCCAUCUACUUCAAAAGAUCAAUUAUUUUCCUAUUAUACUUCUGGAAUGUUCAGUUGUUUUUAUGUAAAAAGACAAAUAAAUGUCUCUUAGUAGUUUUAAAUCUUCCUAUUUAACCAUUAACAAUGUAUCCUAUCAUUUAUAUGAUGUGCUGUGCUGACAUGUAAUUCAAUAAAUAAACAUCAUUAUGGGAAAGAUACAUGUAAUCUUUAGGGAUUGUAGAGUUUUAAAAUUGAGAUAGUUAUGACUGUUAAUGUUAGGAUAACACCAACAAAUAAAGACUUGUUUAUUUAA